UGCGUGCUGCUGGACGGCUCCGCUUUUUGGAGCGAAAUGCCCAAAAUCAAAGCGGCCCGCGGGGCCGGCGGCCCCGAGAAGCACGCGCCGCUGGCCGAGCAGAUCCUGGCGGGGGACGCGGUGCGCGCGGGGGGCCGGGAGAAGCGGCGGGGCCGCGGCGCCGGCGAGGACGAGGAGGAGUACGUGGGCCCCCGGCUGAGCCGCCGGAUCCUGCAGCAGGCGCGGCGGCAGCAGGAGGAGCUCGAGGCCGAGCACGGGGCCGGGGCCCGGGCCGCGGCCCCCCGGGAGCCCACCACGCGCCUGGGCCCUGGACUGCCUCAGGAUGGAUCAGACGACGAGGAGUGGCCCACCCUGGAGAAGGCGGCCACGAUGGCAGGGCCGGACCCCCAAGCAGAGGUGGUCGUGGACCCUGAGGACGAGCGUGCCAUCGAGAUGUUCAUGAAGAAGGACCCUCCUGCCCGGCGUACCCUGGCCGACAUCAUCAUGGAGAAGCUGACCGAGAAGCAGACGGAAGUCGAGACGGUCAUGUCGGAGGUGUCGGGCUUCCCCCUGCCCCAGCUGGACCCCCGCGUCCUGGAGGUGUACAGAGGGGUGCGGGAGGUGUUGUCCAAGUACCGCAGCGGGAAACUGCCCAAAGCUUUCAAGAUCAUCCCGGCGCUCUCCAACUGGGAGCAGAUCCUCUAUGUCACGGAGCCCGAGGCCUGGACGGCCGCCGCCAUGUACCAGGCCACCAGGAUUUUUGCCUCUAACCUGAAGGAGCGCAUGGCCCAGCGCUUCUACAACCUCGUGCUGCUCCCACGGAUCCGAGACGACAUCGCCGAGUACAAACGCCUCAACUUCCACCUCUACAUGGCCCUCAAGAAGGCCCUGUUCAAGCCCGGGGCCUGGUUCAAAGGCAUCCUGAUCCCGCUGUGCGAGUCGGGCACCUGCACCCUCCGGGAAGCCAUCAUCGUGGGCAGCAUCAUCACCAAGUGCUCCAUCCCCGUGCUGCACUCCAGCGCGGCCAUGCUCAAGCUCGCCGAGAUGGAGUACAGCGGCGCCAACAGCAUCUUCCUGCGUCUCCUGCUGGACAAGAAGUACGCGCUGCCCUACCGCGUGCUGGACGCCCUGGUCUUCCACUUCCUGGGCUUCCGGGCGGAGAAGCGCCAGCUGCCCGUGCUGUGGCACCAGUGCCUGCUGACGCUGGCGCAGCGCUACAAGGCCGACCUGGCCUCGGAGCAGAAGGAGGCCCUGCUGGAGCUGCUGCGCCUGCAGCCACACGCGCAGCUGUCCCCCGAGAUCCGGCGCGAGCUCCAGGGCGCCGUCCCCCGAGACGUGGAGGACGGCCCCGCCGCCAUGGACUAGAGCCGGGCCGCGCCUGCUCUCUGCCCCAGAGGAC